AUGCGCAAUCUCCGCGCAACGCCCCCUCGGGCCUCACCGGCCAAUUCCUUCAUCCCUCCCGACCUGGAUAAGUGCGAUUUCGUCUUGGUUCGGCAUGACGCUGUCCGACGACCACUCCAACCACCUUAUGACGGGCCGUUUAAGGUCCUUCGUCGAUCUGACAAAGAUGUUGUCACCUAUCGCAACGGCAAGACCGACACAGUCAGCAUUGAUCGCGUCAAGCCGGCCUACAUCGACGACAGUGACCAUUCCUCACCUCAACACUUUACCCCGCCUCAGACAGUGCGGCCUCCUCCACCUACUGGCGACAGACCGCCUCCGGUUCGCCGCACACGAUCUGGUCGCCACGUCCACUGGCCCGACCGGUUUGUGGCUGGCUAG